AUGCUGUUCCGGCAGCUGUCCGCGUCGGAAGGGCGCUUGCUGGCCGUCCUCGAGAAAGCCAAGCGGGAGCGAGCUGAGCUCAACGGGAGGUCCGUCAUGAACGCCAGUGCGGGGGAGGCGCGGGCCGCCAGGCUCCUCUCCAACGUGCUGGACGCGCGGCGGCGGCUGGAAGAGGACGCGGAGGAGGCGUUGCUGAGGCCGGGAGACACGGUGUCGAAGGCCGCCGCCACCGCCGACGGCCUGUCCAUCUCCGGGCUGCGGGAGAGGCUGGAAGAGGCGGUGGCUGUCGCAGAGCCUUUCAGGCAUCUCAGGAGCACCUGUCUAGUCUGA